CAUCAUAACAAACAAAAUAAAUUCUCAAAAGCAAAGUCUGCGAAUAAAAUUUAAGAAUUUCAGUCAAUUGUGAUAAAAUCUCACACUAAAAAUGGUUGAUAUUAGAGGUCUCGUCGCUGUUGCAUUUCUCGGCUCCAUUGGAAUGACAUUGGUUAUUCUCGGCAGUGUUUUGUACGAUAAAUGGUGGCCAUUCUUCGUCGUUUUGUUCUACAUUUUGGUGCCGGUACCGACAGCAUUUGCUAAAAGACAUUUAAAUUCCAUGGGCGAUGGUACAGGAGGCACGGAAUUUGCACUUUUCCUCACACUUUCGUUGAUUAUCAGUAGUUUUGCGUUGCCGAUUGUGUUGUCACAUGCCGCUGUGAUCGCAUGGCAAAGUUGUCUCUUAACUUUGUGCGGAAAUGUCGUCGUUUAUGCAACACUUCUCGUCUACUUCCUGAUGAUUGACUCCGACGACGGUUUCCAGAUCUAAAGAGUGACCAAAAAUUUACAGACUUAAUCAUGAAUUUCAACAAAAAUUGAAUUCGAACGACUUUUUAGAGAUUUUUUUUUCCUUUUUU